UUGUCAUUUAGUCAGAAAGUUAAGCAAACCAGCAACUCGAAACGAGCCUAAGUUGCAUCAAAACUUUUUUUUCUAUUUUUCGAAUUUACCUUUUGUUUAUAUUUUUUUUCUCUCUCUCUCUUUCUCUUUCUCUUUACCUGUUCAGUUCUACUACUCGGUGCCUCGGAAUUUACUUCGUGUUCCCUUUGUUCAAUACUGACCAAUUCGUCCAUUUCAAUCGAAUCGUGAAAACAACAACAAUCUCAUCUGAACCAAUUUCUAAAUUAGUUCGUAAUCCUUGGAAAUUCAAAUUUUUUCUCCAUUGAUUACAAAUCGAUUGAUAAGAGAAAAUAAAAAGUUUCCUCUAAUUAAUUUCACUUAAUCGGUGUUCCAAUAUCUUGUGGUGAUUCGCAAUCGCAACAAAAAUAUUCACACUGGAUUUUCAAUCGUAUCUGUUAAAUUAUUGAGAAAAAUUAUUUAUUGUUGACAAUUUGUUGUUGUUGUUUAUAAAUUUUGUUUCUUUGUUUAUAUUUGUUUGUUUUAUCAUCAACAAAAAGAAAAGGUAAUCAAUCAUUAUCAUUGAUAUAAUCAUGCAGGACGAUAUAACGGCUUAUAUACAAAGUAAUCAUCAUCAUCAUCACCUUCAUCCUCAUCAUUUGUAUUCAACAGCUUCAAGUCCAAAUGGUGAUCAUUUGUCCAAUGCUCAUCAAUCAAUGCAUCAUCUUCCACCUCCACCCUUACCCCCACCACCACCUCAAGGAUCAAUGGGUCAACUUACCCCAUCAACACAACAACAACAACAACAACAAACACAACCUCAAUCACAACAACAAGUACCACCACAAUCCAAUCAUCAACAACCACCACAUCAUACAAUCUUGACCACCGCCAAUACAAACACAAAUCACAAUUCUGAUAGUAAAAAGAAACAUAAUCGAGGAGAUCCCAAUGGAGACUAUUAUUACUGUGAGGCAGAACCAGAAAGUUCAACCAAAAACUCAAAAGGUCAUGGAGGAGUAAAUCAAUUGGGUGGAGUGUUUGUCAAUGGGCGACCAUUACCUGAUGUUGUUAGACAGCGAAUAGUUGAAUUGGCCCAUAACGGGGUCAGACCCUGUGAUAUAAGUCGACAGCUUCGAGUAUCACAUGGUUGUGUAUCCAAAAUUCUGGGAAGAUAUUAUGAAACAGGUUCAAUCAAACCUGGGGUCAUCGGCGGUUCUAAGCCCAAAGUAGCCACACCUAAAGUGGUUGAUGCAAUUGCAAAUUACAAGAAACAAAAUCCAACAAUGUUUGCCUGGGAGAUACGAGAUCGCCUAUUGUCUGAUGGUAUUUGCGAUAAUGAUAAUAUACCUUCAGUUUCAUCCAUAAACAGAAUUGUCCGUAAUAAAGCAGCAGAAAAGGCAAAACACUGUAUGAACAAUUCUAGUAACAAUUUGAACAACAAUCACAAUUCAAAUAGCAAUCAAAACACCAAUUCAGCUAUUUCACCCAAUUCCCAUUCUCAACCUCAUAAUGUAACCUCCGUAAUUGUAAAUGGAGCCCAACAGCAAUCACAAUCAGCCCAAUCAACACCAACCUCAGCAACUUAUUCAAUUAACGGUAUUUUGGGUAUUGAAGAGCAGCAAAGGCACCAGAAGAGGAAAAAUCCAUCACCCAAUGAGAAUCAUAUUGAAGAUUUUAAGACCGAGUCAUUUAAAACUGAACCUUCAGUCCCAUCAAAUGCCAGUAAUAACCGAACCACAACUUCACCCAGUUCAAUACAAAAUGGUGUCGAUAAUGAUUCUAAAGCACCCAAAAGACCUCGACUUUCAAAUAACAAUCAGCAAUAUAAUGGCCUCCAUGGUAACAAUGAUCUCUAUAGCGUUUGGAAUAGCGGAGUUAAUCCAACCUCGGGCUACACCUUGAUAACUGAAAAUAGUGAUCCCUCCAUAGGUCAAAGUCACCCCACUCAUCAACAACCCCAACAACCCCAACAACAACAACAGCAACAUUAUGAAAUAACAACUUUAUACACUCCACCAACAUCAGCCUCUUCAUUGGGUUCGACCUCAGUGACCCCUCCCAAUGCAACCCCUGCAGUACCAAGCGAGUAUUAUGCCACAUAUCAUCAAGCAGCCUAUGCAUACCCCAACUACACCUACAAUCAACCUACUCCCGUUCAACCAAUUUCGGCUCAAAAUAAUGCUCAGGAUUUGUACCAGAAUAAUAUUCCCAUCAUGCCCUUUUUCCAAUGACAAUUAACUCAGUAAUUAAUUAACAAUUGUAAUCAAUCCAAAUCAAAUCUUAUCUCUCAUCUUUUUACCUCAUCUUUAUAAAUAUUAUAUAAAUCUUAUCAUUAUCAUCGGAUAUCAACAUCAACACCAUCACAACAACAGCAACACCUACACUUAGUGUAAUUGAUAAUUAAUUGAUUGAUUAUCGAUUGUGAAUCUUGAAAAAACAAAACAAAACAAUCAACUGGUCAGAAAAAUUUUUUUUUCUUCUUCUUCUUCAUCAAAACAAUUCUUCAAGAUACCAAAUUGACCACACUGACCAUUCAAAAACCUUUUUCCCACUGACUGAUUACUCAAUUAACGAUGCUAAUGAUUUAAUGAUAAUUUAAUUGAGAUGGUAAAAUGAUGAAUGAUUAAGUAAAUUGUAAUCUAUUAAUUUUCGCACAACAAUCAACUUCCAACACCAAAAAAAAAAUCAACAACAAUUAUAUAAACAAAAAACAACCAAACCCAUAAACACAAAACACUUUAAUUACAACAAUUAACUCUCGAAAAUUAAAACUUAUAUAUAAACAAUUAAAAAACGAUUUUUUCCCUGGGGCAAAAUGAAACAAAAGUGAAGAUAAUUAAUAUUUUAUUCCUUCAAUCAAAUGGGUGUUCAAUUGUUCAACUCUCUCUCUCUCUCACUCUCUCUUUAUUUCCGUUUCCUCUCCUUCCAAUUUAAUUAUUAUUACCUGAUUAUUACACCUUAAUUAUUAUUAUCUGCUCACUCUCUGAGUCUCUCUCUCUCUUACACUUUGAUAAUGUCUCUCUCCCCCUACCACACCCACUACCUCCCACUUAUAAGAUGUAAUAUAUAAUAUUUAUCAUUAAUCUCAUCGUUUUUUUUUGCUGCAAGAGAUAAAGAAAUAAAUUAAAUGUUAUUGAAUAAA